CUUUUUUCUGCGCGAGCAUACUAUCAGCUGUUGUGUGAGCGCGUGCGGUGUGUGUUUGGUCCUCAACUCCAUUUUAAAACCUAUCGAAGUCGAGAGCGAUCUCGACAGAUUUCCUGCUCGUCAGCUGAGAUUUUUGUGUUCCUCUCUUUCUGUGCUGUGGGGACAGGGGGCCGGCUGGAUAGACGGAGAGAGCCGACUGGGAUUUCUUUCCUUUUUUUCUAUUUCGGAGGAAUGAGUGUACAGUUCAGAGGAAUACACUAGCGACAAUCCGUCUGAUCAUCAGAGCAACAUGGAUCGUGAGGAUCUUGGUGGACUAAUGCAGACACAGACACAUUCCCUCAAGUCUCAAGACGUGAAAUCCAGUAUAGCUAAAUGCGAGGAGGCAAAGACCCUUUCAAAGAAGGAAACCGAACGUCGGACUGUCUCUACAAGACCAGACGUCAUUCCAAAGUCACCUGCAGCACCCAGUCCCCAAAAUAAAAAAGAUGCAGUGAAGCUGGAGGACAGGCAGAAACUGGCGAAGGAAAGGAGAGAAGAAAAGGCUAAAUAUCUUGAGCAACGUGGCCAGUUUCAAGAAUCCAAAAUUACAGCUCAUCUUAAUAGAAGUGGGGAAAUAUCUUUUACCAUCAUUACUAAUAAUUCAUCUCUAGCUGCUAAGAAGUCGGAGUGGUUGGAGAAGGAGGAGCGAGCGAGGCAGUUACGGGAGCAGCAGUUACAGGAGCGCAGGAGAAAGCUGGAGGAAUCGAGGCUGAAAGCUGAGAAGCGCAGAGCUGCUCUAGAGGAAAGACAGAAACAGAAGUUGGAGAAGAACAAGGAGCGCUACGAAGCUGCCAUUCAAAGGUCCACAAAGAAGACGUGGGCUGAGAUUCGCCAGCAGAGAUGGUCAUGGGCUGGAGGUCUGAGUGCCAGCUCCAGUCAGAGUCAAAGCCGAUGCUCAGUUUCUGCAGUCAACCUUCCCAAACACGUGGACACUGUUCUAAACAAGCGUCUCUCCAAAUCCUCCGCCACCCUCUGGAACUCCCCCAGCAGAACCCGUAAAUUGGAGUUAAGUCCUUGGGAGAGCAGCAUUGUGGACCGGCUCAUGACACCCACCCUGUCCUUCCUGGCACGAAGUCGCAGUGCUGUCAGUGUGCAUAGCAGUGGCAAAGAUUCCCAGUCACCACUGUGCCCUCGGUCAGCCUCGGCGAGUCCACUCGCAGUGUGCUCUCACCGGCCUCAUCGAUGCUCUGAACGCUGGAGGGUCACAACCAGCACCCCCGACAUCACCCAGCGCUCACGCAGACGGGACUCCACUCCUAUUGAUAAAAAUAAGAAAGCGAAGAAGGACAAGGAGCGGGAGAACGAAAAGGAGAAGAGCGCCAUCACCAAAGAGAAGGUGCUGAAGAAGAGACAGUCAUUACCAUCAAUGCCAGCCAGAUGUGCGCCCAGUCUGAAGCAGCGGGCUUCCUCGCCCAGACCCCCAUCAGCCCUUGUUAGCUCCAACACCCCAAAAUCUCGACCUAAGAGGGCACGAACACCAAUUCGUGUAGAGGCGCACACCAAAACACCCACUACUGUACAACAAGCUCGAGAGCACCACACCUCGUCUCCCGUCCCUUCAGUUGCCGAGCUGUCCACCCCUAGCACACCUCCUCGUACAAGUACACCAACUACAGUGGUCUGUCCCGCCUCUGUUCCUGAACAGUCCACGUCUAAUUCCAGCAUUCCACUAGCUUCUCCAGCCCCCUCUCCUGCCAAACCCAUGGCUGGAACAACUGAUCCAGAGGAAGCCGCCCGCAUCCUGGCUGAGAAAAGACGACAGGCCCGAGAACAGAGGGAGAGGGAGGAGCAGGAACGGAGGGAGCAGGAGGAGAGAGAGAGGGUGGAGAGGGUGAAGAGGAUGGAGCGGGAGGCAGAGGAAAGGAGGCGCAGGGAGGAGGAGGCACGGCUCAUGGCAGAACAGCAGAAGCUGAGAGAGGAAGCUGAGCGUCUGCAGCAGGAGAAAGAGGCCCAGGAGAAAGCCAGAGCUGAGCAAGAAGAGAACGAGCGUCUCCAAAAACAGAAAGAGGAGGCCGAAGCCAAAGCCCGAGAGGAGGCAGAGAGGCAGCGUCUGGAGAGAGAGAAACACUUCCAGAAGGAGGAGCAAGAGAGGCUGCAGAGGAAGAAGCGCCUGGAGGAAAUCAUGAAAAGGACACGCAAAACAGACACCCCAGAAAAGAAGGACAUAAAAUCUUCUCCUUCUCCCCAAGUUAAUGGUGGAAGUUCUAAACCUGAAUCAGAGAGCAAUAAAGCAUCUGAUGACUACAUUCCAAGCACAGAGCUGAAACAGGAUAGCCAGUCCCAAGGAAGAAAAGAGAGUUCUUCAGUCCUUGUGAUCAAUGGUAUUCAGGCUCCUAAGCAUGAGAAUGGAUUAUCAGGUGGUGAAGCGUCACGCUUUGAAGAGAUCAUACAGCUGUCCAAUCACGGAGGUGCUAAUGGCAGUGGGCGGGAGAAGUCAGAAUCUGAUAACUCUAAUGAGCCAAUCACGGCCUUUGAUGGUGGGAACGCUUUUCUGAAAAAAGCUGGCCCCAUGAAGCCUCAGCAUGUUGCAGAAGUGCUGUGAGCAUCAGGGCUGUUAAGCGGAGGUGAUGUCAGACAUCUGCCUGACUCCCAGCUCUCUGCUGGAGGGGUAUUGUGUGAUGAAGCACAGCCUGACCAGACCUGUGCCAAGCCAAUCACUGGCUGCUGUUUAGAUUGUCCAGAGCAUCAUCACGGUUAGAACCUGCCCUGUGCAAAAGGGUGUGAUUACAAGAAGCCACUCUGCUGUCAAGCUUAACUACACAAACCCUCAUCACCCUCCAAGGUGCUUUAUGUCACUAUCUAUCAAAAGCCCACUCAGCAGUCUGACCUCGCACCUUAGGGCAGACCGUUCCAUGUGUCUCCGUGGUCACCAGAGCAAGCAAAAACAUGAAAAAAAAAGUGACUUAUGGCUGUAUUUCUUAUCAUGAGUUAAAAAGAAAAGUGCUUCGGCUAGUUUGUUUUUAAUGUUUAGUUAUUUAAUGUGAUGAGAAUUGUAACUACUGGGUACAGCUAUAUGUGAAUAGUGUAAAUUGGAAUACAGGUGGGAGAGCCUUGUGAAAUUAAACUGAAUGAAGAGGAACAUCAUGUCUCUGUUU